UGGCUUAUUGCAUCUAUUGGAUUAUAGAACGGAUUUAAAUCUAGGAUUAGGCCUCUGGUUGAGAGGCGGCAUGUGGGCCGUGUGACUCUAUACAUUACAGGGGUGUGUUGGAGAACAUGUGUUGCUGUGUGACAGUGAGUUUGCUCAGACGCCAUAAAGUGUAGCUUUUCUUUUUUUGGUUCUGGUGUCUCCUGCCCUGAAUGUUCAACAUGGACCUAUUUUGCUUCACGCUGGAGGGAUCUACGGAAAGCAUAUAUGAAGCCGUGAAAAAGCCAAAUCUAAAAGAAGCCUUACCAAAGAAUCAGAACAGUUGUGAGUCUCUGAGCUGCAAGGCUGAGUGGGACAGCUCUGAUCCAUCUGACAAACAUCAGACUGUGACCAGAUCCAAAGGUGAAAACAGCAGAUCAUAUCAGGCAACUCUCAUGUUGGAGAAUGAAACUUUUGCUGGCAAUGAGAGUGGUGUGUUAACAAGGCAAGUUCAAGAGAAGGAGACGGUCUCAGAAAGAAACAGGACGCAUCUACUAACUGAGCAUUCCGACCUUUUAACAGACUCCGAUGAGAGCAGCCAGACCGUAGGAAGAUUAAAAAAGCUGCAGAAACUGGUACCCUUAAAGACCAGCCCUCAGAAUGAUGGUGAUAAUGAUGGAAGCACAGCUAAGAAACACGAUUGCUUGGUGGAGGGGAUAAGACGCAACAGCAUAGCGCUUACAUGCAUCAGCCUCUCAGGAAGGACAGAGAAGAGCUCAUAUAAAGCUGCUGCAGCAUCAGAGCCACUUCAGCUACCAGAGAACACCAGGAGUUCCCAUGAAGAUCCAAUAGAGGGAGAGUUCUGGAUCCCUAAGAUUGGACAUUAUACAUGGAAGCCUUUUGAGCGUCCAGAGGCCUGGCCUCCAUGCCAACACAUUUGCCAGCAAAAUCCAGAUGGAUUGUGCGUCCACGAUGGCAACAGCUCCUUCCUAUCCUGGAACUCGGAUUGGGAUCGUUUUGAGAGUCUGAUCCAGGAACUGGACCGCAGACAGUCGGAUCUGUCUCUGUCACAGAUGGUCCGCCCCCCUGCAGAUCUGCAGCCCUUAAAAAUCCCAGAGAAGGAGACUGGACUAAAGUCGGAGGGGAGGGAGAUGGAGACCUCAAAAGAAAGUGACCCAAAUUACAUCAACAUCUCACCAGAGAAAACACAAGCAGCUCAAAAUGUAAGUUAUGCUUGAAACAAGGAGAUAAUUCUACCCACAGCUGUAAGCACAACACCUGCAAUGCCAGACUCCAACUAUCAACCAGGCU